GGCAAUCGUCUGGUGCCACCUUCAGACAUGAAAGGUACUAUGAUUAUAAUUUUUAAUGAUUAAUUAAUCAAAAUGCGAUUUGAUCUGUUAUAUUAUCGGAGCAGGCGCGUUAGUAACUCUCACUUCUCCUCCGGGUAAAAUCCCCCGAUAGUAUUGAUUGAUAAUAUCAAUCAAAUGCUCAAUUCCACAUUAAAUUUCAGAUCUAAAGCCCAAUUUAGUGUCAUGAGGAGCGCUUUCUUAUUGAAUGUGUACAGUAAAUUGGGAUUUCCUUUGCUUUUCUUCACUUCGUGAUUGGUUCCAAAAAUUCGCCCCUCCUUCUCAACCAGUCAGAUACAACAAAACGGAUGCCAAUCGUAAACUAGUUGCUAACGUUUCCCUGCGUGAGAGUCCAUUUACAAUAAUUCUCUCAUUAGUGCAUUGUAAUAUUGUCCUUUAUUCUGAUAGGCCGUUCCCACAGGUUCUAGUUCUACGACGCGCAGUAGAAAAGCGCUCCAAUGCUUGAAACUAGGUGCAUUGUCGAUAAAAGGCGCACAGCAGUUUAUUUUAAGCAAUGCUGUGUAUUUAAAGACUUCGUGGCGAUAAUCUGAUUUCUCCGUCAUCUUUAACUUCUCCACUGCCUUAAGUUAUUAUGUUGGAAUGUUCUUUGCAGUUCAAUUCUUUACAAAUUUGAUCUCCCUCUUUAAAAUGUUAGUAUUUUGUUUACAGUUCGUUCAGACAGCGAGGACCUUUCCCCAGGUGAAUUCUCUCCCCGGGCACCUGUGCAUUCUACGGCCAAGAAAGGCUCAGCAGGAGUCCGAGCACCCAAAGAGCCUGGUGGACUGGGGAGAGCUUUCGAUUUAGGUGAGUGACAAUGUAUGUCAGUGCAGGUUAGACUAAUUCUAAGCUCAGAAAACGGACGCCGCUCUCUCAGCCAAUGAGAUGCAAAGCUAAAGGUUCGCGUGUUUACCUGUACUUGACGCCAGGUUGGUAUGUGUUGUGCGUUAUUUACUUCUGGCUUCUUGUGAUAUUUGCAUUUCCGGUCACUGUUAUUACCAGGAUUUUGGUUGUACAACUCACAGUUGAAAAGCGCUCAAAUACUAAUUUAGUACAAAUUUGUCAACGUUCUUUUACGAAUGCUGCGAUCUGCUUAGUUAAGCCACUCGCUAUCUAUUCCAUGAUAGAUUGUGAGUCAGGUGAUUUGCCCGACAGGUUGCAGUUGUAAACAGAAUGAACCAUAACCAUAAGCCUAUCUUGUUCUUAAGCGUUUAAUGACCAGUAGAUUUGUACUAAAACAACUAGAUUACUCCCUCUCGAUUUCUAUGCGUGAUAGUUGAUAAGGGCUUCGUCUUCGUCAAAUAACACGCGAUAGAAAUCUCGAGCUCAUCUAACUGUUCAGUAUAAAUAUUGGUAAAGGUAUUGUGAAGUUUCUUUCGGGGCUAAUUACGUAUUCUUAUAAUAUUUUGUAGCGGACAUCUCAUCUGAUGAAAGUUCUUCCGAGGAUGUGCAAGGAACCUUUUUGUAUUUAAAGAAGAAAGCUGAACUUCGUAACAGGUGAGAAAGUCACACAUUAGACAGUCCUGCACUAUUAUAAAAAGGCACUAUCACUAAAACUGGAAAAUUAGUAUUCAGGUUACCAGGAUAGGGUUUAGCUAAGCUCUGGUGCCUCUGAGAAUAGAAUUUGAUGAAAAGUUGUGUUGGUUCUGUACCUUCAUCAGCAUCACAGAACAGUUCCUAUUUAAUUUGAGAGCGUAAUCCGGCGCUCAAGGCAGUCUUGGCGCCGCGUGAACUUUUGGGAGCGAGGCACUCGGAAAAGCGAGUCGAGACUUUUUCUCCGAUUUUUAUUGAUUUGCGCGAGAAUUCAAGUUGGGAAGAAAAGGACUGGUCAACAAGUUUGGACUAAAAAGUUCGUGCUUUUUCUUGCAGUGAAUUGAAAAGCCGCAUUGUGCAGGAAGGAGAUGCUAUAACAAGGGCAAAGGAGUUCUUACGACGACAACGGCGCUCUGUGCAACGAAGACAAGUAAGCAGAAUUUUAGAUUAGGGUUAAACGAGUACGAUUCACCUCCACCUGAUGAUAUCUUUAAUAGAUGCACUCAACAAUUUUCAAAAACUUCAUUGAUUUAUUAUGAACAUAUCACAAUUUCUUCAUGUAAAAGAAGAAAGAUUUACGGAAAGCUUCCCGCAAUGACCCUUGAUCUCGAGUAUCAAGUUAUACAGGUGUAGGAUAAUGUCUUUGUUCCAUGCUAGAUUACGACUUUUAACGAAACUAUGUAAUUUAAAUGGUGCCAGUUGGAUUCCUUACCUGUAACCCACGGUGGAAAAGCGUCUUAUUAAGAGAGAUAAAGAACACAGCUAGUCACCUCGUAUUGCGAUAACAUACGAUAAAUGGGCCAAUUCUGAUCCGAUUACAGACUGUAUUUCUUUACGUAGCAAGGGUUUUCCUCCUCAUCAGGUCGCUUUAGAAGACGCUCGGAAAGAAUGGACAAAUGAUGUGUCGCGGAACAUUUCACGAGGAAAGGUUUGUUUUAACAUGCAUAACUCAAACUACUCUGGAGUGGUGAGAAUAAUUCAGGAGAGUUUUAUACGUUGACUCCUCUUUCUCCUUUUGCAGCCGCUGUCCAGUCGUAAUGCUAAUUUUUUGGAAGAUGUAAGAACACGCUUAGACGAGGUAAAGACGGUUUUUCUUUUAGAUUAAAACUCUGGAAAGUACUCUACCAUUUUCCGUCGCGCCUGGACUCCUUCUCUUUCUCCUUUUCCCUUUUGAGGAGGACCAUAGGAAAAGAUUUUUGGAAAACUCGAGGGUAGUUUUCCAGUAAGUGUCGAAAGUCGCAGGGUGUUAAUUUGGUUUUCACUCCAUUGCGCCCUUUGAUUGGUCAAGAAAUAUCACACUACCCUCAGCAAGUAGCGACUGGUUCCUUUUGAUGGUUUCCUUUGCUCUGUAAGGUCUUUUUGAUUACUUUCGCUUUGGUUCUUUAGCACCCGAUUUAAGAUGCAUUCCAUGAGGGUGUUUACUUGCCUAGAAUUGGCAAACUGACCGAUUGUGGUACAUAUGAUUCUUAUACAGCACGGCCAGAUGUGUUCUUGUCUCCAUGCACUCUUGUUCAUUUAGGAGCCUUACACUGUUGAUAUUUUGUUGUUUCCCAGGAGGAAGCGGAGCUUGGAGUGGUAAUGGACAACAUGACCGCUGGCCAAGAACUGCUGAGACAGAAGGAAGAUAGGCUCAGGGUUUUGGAGAAUGCCUUGUUAGGCGGAAUGGUAAGCUAUUAUCGUUGCUAUUAUACUCGAAAUUAUCUUGCUUGAAAUUGAUGGGUUUUAAGUAAUUUCGCGAUGCGCAUCAAGUGCCAAAUUCUCUCAACUAACGUGAAUAGUACUACCCUCUUUAAGUGUUACGAAUGUUUUCUUUUUGAUUUACAGUCAACGGCCUCGGACUCAGAAGACACGUUCCUUGGGUAUUCCAAAAACGCUCGCCCAACAAGAGACAGGCACCGUCCUCGGAAAACGCCGCGUAAGACUCUUGAUGAUGACGACAGCAGCGGCAUCAGCAGUAGCGACUAUGGUGACGUCAUAAGCGGAAACGUAAGAAGAAGUGACGUCAAGAUGGGCAGCAGACAGCCGAAAAUGGCCCUUCCCAGAAACCUGAGGAAACCCUCCACUGGUGAAGACAGCUCCGAAGCUGUUCAUUACUCUUUGCAGCAGAUAAACACGGACUUGGCGCGAAUUUUAACGUUACUUCAAUCUCGUACACCAUCCUUUACUUACCCAAGUGUCACGCCGGCCCCCUUCAGGGCUAAGCAUGUCACGCAGCCGUUUCCUGAUGCCCUCAGGGAGCCGCUUGCCGCGCCUGUUUAUCCUGAAGGAAGUCGGGUCAGUCAAGCCCAGGCCCCUUAUCAGUCUGGCACAACAACAGAACCUUAUCGUUCGAGAGGUGCUGGUGUUCCUGUGGUUCCCACCGGAGGUCCUGCGGUACCCAGCCGUCAAGGACAAACUAGUACUUUGUGAGCUUUUUCGACGAUUUCUUUUAAGAGGGGUCGUUGUCCCUGGUAUAUCAUAGCAUAGACCGGUAUAUCGUAGCCAAGGCCAUGCUUCCUUUGUUACAAGUUUUGCCAGUAUUGGACCAGUAUUCUGUAUGAUGGAGCCGCAAUACUCCCAGUUGCUUUAUGCUAAGCAAAUCAAGAAGCGCCACAAUACAAUAACGGUUUACCUAAAAUGUGGCGGGCUUGCUUGAGGUUAAAUAACUAUUGCAGUUGGAUUUACCUGUGUGUCAUUCUCUUUUAAAUUACCAUACAUAUGCUUAUUUCCUUUUCUACUUGAUCGAUCGGAUUGAAAGUCUUACUCAGGACACCAUUAAGAUUAAAAUUUCACGAGUGCCGUAGACAUUAGAAAGCUUAGAUCUAAUUCACCUGUUUUAUCGUUUGCCACAGCAAUCCUUUGAAUAGCGCCCCUCCGCAAUUCCAGGCUCCGUACAGAAACCAAGAGAGCACUGAGUCACAACUGGAAAGGAAAUGGAGAUCCUACUUUGGAGGUGACGUUCACAUCUUGACUAAACAGCAACGAUUUUAAAAACAUUGAAGAAUAUAAAUGGCUUAAUUUGAGUGCUAACGUAUUUUUAUCUCCAUUCGCAUGAUUAUAUCGUAGAGAACACCAUGCCAUUUUAUUUCCUAUUUCAGAUCAGUCACGUGACUCGCCAGCCUCACUUUCUCUCGGACCUACCAUUAGUCUGUCGGGGUCAAGGUACGUAAAAUGAUGCACUUUCUUUUUAUAGUCUGAGCUGGGUGUCGCAAGGAAAUCCGAGAGUGGUUUUUUUUUUUAAUUUUGGCUACGCUAACAACACAACUGUAUUAUUUUUCUAAUUUUGGUUGGACGACACCCAAAUGAAUAGGCUGUCAUUCUCUCUAAGAUUUCUUCUUCUUUUAUUGAUUUACCCUUAAAAGGGAGCCAGCAACCGUGAAGGUCUGGACCUCGGAGAAGGAGUUAAGCACCGCUGAGCGAUUGCAGUCUCAUGCCGAGUGGCUUCGUAAUUUUCGGCGCGAGGCAGGGCUGCAUGUUAAUAACGCAAGGGGGCUGGAAGACAGAGCAGUUUCGUAUCCUUUUUCCGUUUUUAACUUAGUUUUUUUUUCAGGCCUAUAUAUUAACUCGGUGGGCUAUAAUAGCGUUAAAUACUAGAAAUCGCGCCUCAGUUUGUUCUUAUACAUAGUAAAAAAAUUACUUUUCGAGUAAUUUCGUAAUUGACGGGACAAAUUGCAGGAACGAAUGAAAAGGAGCAAAGAAUUCAUCCUUAACUCGUUCCUAGAUUCCCCACUAGCCAAGGAUCAGCGCGAGAUUUUCCGCCAGGGAUGUCAAGUGGUCGUUCGUCAUCAUUCAGGCCUCCUCGGCUAACGCUUAAUGAAAAUAAUGAAAUUCGUUGGGUUUGAUUGCAGUUCUACAAAAGCGUUAUCAAGUUCCUAGCGGUGCUGAGUUUCAAAGGAGUACGUUUAACGCAAGAAAAUUCUGGAAGAAAUUUUAAUGAAAAAACUGAUGCUUGCGUUAUAGAGGCAGACUUAACGAUGUCUGAGGAAUUGACGAUUUUGUGAAAGGUGGUUUUUGUGUGUGAUUAGGGUUUACACUCGUGAUUGCAAGGAAUCUGAUUAAAGCAGUUGAAAAAGUUC